AUGUCAGAAUUAAACUUAGCCAUAUCUUUACGGAAAUCUACCGCGUCUGGUCUAGACAACAUAUCACCUAUUAUGCUAAAACACCUUCUUUCAAAUGCUCUGGCUUACCUUUUAUCUAUUAUGAACAAUAUUUUAUCAUCCAAUCAGGUUCCUCCUUCAUGGACAUCCUAUCGUGUCAUCCGUAUCCCCAAACCUAAUUCUAAUGAUUCUUUUCGUCCAAUUGCUCUCUUCCUCUCUUUGUUCGGAUUAAGUACAACAAUAUGUAAUGCAGUGCCGUAA